AUGGCUCCCCAAUUCCCCUCCAAGAAAUGCGGCGUCCUCGGCUGCACGGGGUCAGUCGGACAGCGCUUCAUCCUCCUCCUGGCCCAGCACCCUCAUUUCGUUCUCCAUGCGGUUGGCGCCUCCUCUCGAUCGGCAGGCAAGAAGUACAAGGAUGCGGUUCGGUGGAAGCAAGCGGCCCCCAUGGGUGAUGUAGGCGAGCUUGUCGUGCGCGAGUGCAAGGCCAGCGAGUUCGCAGACUGUGAUGUCGUCUUCAGUGGACUGGACUCGGACGUCGCUGGGGAAAUAGAGAUGGAAUUCAUGAAGGCGAACCUGGCAGUCUUCUCGAACGCAAAGAACUAUCGUCGAGACCCAUUGGUGCCCCUUGUUGUGCCGACUGUCAACCUCCCACACCUCGAUCUGAUCCCACAUCAGCGCAAACAACACAAGCUGGAGAAGGGCUUCUUGGUCUGUAAUUCAAACUGCGCAGUCAUAGGGCUGGUCAUCCCAUUUGCAGCUCUACAAGCACGCUUCGGUCCGGUGGAUACAGUCAGUGUGGUGACAAUGCAGGCCGUGUCCGGUGCUGGCUAUCCCGGUGUGAGCAGCAUGGACAUCCUCGACAACGUGGUGCCCUUCAUCAGCGGAGAAGAAGACAAGCUGGAAACAGAGGCACGCAAGAUCCUGGGCUCCAUCAAUGGUGAUGCUACUGCGUUUGUCGACCAGGACGAACUUCGAGUCUCAGCUGCCUGCAACCGAGUUGCCGUCCUCGAUGGCCACACUGCGUGCGUGUCAUUACGCUUCAAGAACCGGCCACCGCCCGAGGAGGAGGACGUGAAGGCUGCGCUGAGGGAAUACGUCAGUGAGGCCGAGAAGCUGGGCUGUCCCAGCGCACCCCAGCCUAGCAUCAAGGUUUUUGACGAGCCGGACCGGCCACAGCCUCGGCUCGACCGCGAACUCAGCCGUGGCUAUACUGUCAGCAUCGGUCGUGUGAGAGAGGAUGAGAGUGGCAUCUUCGAUAUCAAGUUCGUCGCUCUGAGUCACAACACUGUCAUCGGAGCUGCUGGCUCCUCCAUAUUGAACGCUGAAGCAGCGGUGCUCAAGGGCUUCAUCUAA